CACAAAGAAAUAGAUGCCUGCUGGUAUCAUCACGGCUUGAUUUCUCUGGAGUUUUGUGUUUCUGGAAUGCACGGUGAUCCCAGAGUGAAUAAGCAAAACAAAGUGCUUAAUAAGAGAUUUUACAAAUGCUCUUGGCUCUUAUGGUUUGGGCAUGUAUGUGUUUUCAUUCUGCAAGUGAAUUGUCUAUAUUGGUUUGUCCCUGUUACUGUGUAAUCUCAGCAUUUCUCCAACAAUCAGCAUUUUACUCAGUGUGAAUAUAUAUCAGUUUCCAUCACUGACUUUCAUAUUAUAUCCUGUGAGGAAUGAGUCAUUAGCAUUAGUGUAGUAUUACGAUUUGUGUGUAACAGGCAUCACCAAGAUGAUGAGGUGCUUAUCACCACUGAGCAGUGUCUGUGUUUGAGGCAUCUCCUGCUCUGUAAAGCUGCAGCGAUGCGAUGGGCUGGCUGUGGGAUGCAGUGGGCCAGAUGCAGGCUGCAGACUUCUUCCUCCACAGGAGCAGUACCAAGCCAUACUAUGUGGAACUGGGGGCUGCAGGAGAGGCUGGGCUGUAGCAGGAAGCCUCAAACAGUGCAGAGAGCAUCAGUACUGAUAUCACUGGGCUCUUUGUGGUGUGAAGUCUUUGUGGGAUAAAUCUCAUCCUCCUGGAGAUGAUGAAGUGAGGACCAGGGGGAUGAGUCUGCCUUGAGACUUAAUAGUGAUUUGCAUGAAAGUUUGAAAAUGUAUUAAAAUUGCUGCAUUGUGAAAAAUUAAAUACUGAAAACUUGCUUUUUAAUUACUUGUUAAAAAAGCAAGUAUAAAUAGCUGUUUCCAGAUUAUGCAGCUAAUUGUUAAACCUGUGGGAAAUAAAGCUGCAAUGCAAGUUUUGUGUAUUUCCCACGCUAUUUCUUUAGCUAUUUUUGGUUCUUCAAUGCAGCAUUGCAUAACAGAAGAUAUUUUAUGAUUCACUGAUCUGAAAAGCGCAGCUCUGAAUCCAAACAUGCGUUGGCAUUUCUGUUCCAUGCACUUCAUACCCGAAUUCUAUCCUUCACUGUUGAUUAACAGUUUUAGUUCUGUUGAUUCACAGUAAUCUGCAGGUUUUCUGUAACUUUUAUUUUGCUGAUCAGCUGCAUAGUAAUGUUGGUUUAUAUCUAACCCCUGGCAAACUGAACUCCUCUGAUGCUAACUUUUAGUGGAUUUUAAGCUGAAUUCUUAAUACUUAAGUAAAAUAAAAGCUUCAAACAGUUAAAGUGCUAUCCUAGUGAACCGUUGUCUGAAUUGAGUUGUCAUCAAUCAGCCACAAAUAAGGAUCUCAAAUCCAGAUAGCAAAUUAUAUUUGGAACUUUGUACCCUUAUGCAGUGUUAAUCUGUAUCCAUGGCUAUGAUGUCACAGUGGAAUAAAACAAGGUCUCUUGUGCUGCCCUACCAAUAGAUGCUCCUUUUCCCCACAUAGGAUGCUAUAAGUCUGUUUUAACUGAUUGUGCUGGAUACAUGCAUUACAACUUAUUUCUGUUUGUAGUCAUUCUUGAGUUACUGCGUUUUACAUAUGGACCUUCAUUUCCUCCAUUUAAAAUUCCUGAAGAAGAUGCUGGUCUGAUUCCUCCUGAAAUGGACAAUGAGUGCAUUGCACAAACUUGGUUUCGCUUUUUACACAUGCUGAGUAAUCCUGUGGAUUUGAGUAACCCAGCCAUUAUUAGUUCUACCCCCAAAUUUCAGGAGCAGUUUCUGAAUGUGAGUGGGAUGACUCAAGAGCUGAAUCAAUACCCCUGCCUUAAGCAUCUGCCUCAAAUAUUCUUCCGUGCCAUGCGUGGGAUCAGCUGUUUAGUGGAUGCUUUCCUAGGCAUUUCACGACCCCGGUCAGACAGUGCACCGCCCACGCCAGUAAACAGGCUGAGCAUGCCCCAGAACACUGCUAUCAACACGACUCCUCCACAUAACCGAAGGCAUCGGGCCGUGACUGUGAAUAAAGCAACAAUGAAAACCAGCACUGCAACCACUGCACAUGCUUCCAAAGUGCAGCACCAACCAUCCUCUACUUCUCCGCUCUCUAGCCCAAACCAGACAAGUUCUGAGCCACGGCCACUGCCAGCUCCUCGCAGGCCAAAGGUUAACAGCAUCUUGAACCUCUUUGGAUCAUGGUUAUUUGACGCAGCAUUUGUUCACUGUAAACUUCAUAAUGGAAUAAACAGAGACAGCAGCAUGACUGCUAUAGCAACUCAAGCUAGUGUGGAGUUUCGCCGGAAAGGAUCCCAAAUGUCCACAGAUACAAUGGCUUCCAACCCUUUGUUUGAUGCCAGUGAAUUCCCAGACAACUAUGAAGCAGGAAGGGCAGAGGCGUGCGGGACACUGUGUAGGAUAUUUUGUAGCAAGAAGACUGGGGAGGAAAUAUUACCAGCUUACUUAUCCCGAUUUUACAUGCUUUUAAUUCAGGGUUUGCAGAUAGCAGAUUUCGUUUGCCACCCCGUUCUUGCCAGUGUUAUUCUGAACUCCCCUCCUCUGUUCUGCUGUGACCUGAAAGGAAUUGAUGUCGUGGUUCCGUAUUUCAUUUCGGCUCUUGAAACUAUUUUACCCGACAGAGAACUCUCAAAGUUUAAAAUCUAUGUAAACCCCACAGAACUAAGAAGAGCUUCAAUUAACAUCUUGCUGUCUUUGUUGCCUCUCCCUCAUCAUUUUGGAACUAUAAAAUCGGAGGUUGUCCUGGAAGGGAAAUUCAGCAAUGAUGACAGCUCAACGUAUGAUAAACCAGUAACCUUCCUUUCCUUGAAGCUGAGGCUUGUGAAUAUACUUAUAGGAGCUUUGCAAACUGAAACAGAUCCCAACAACACUCAGAUGAUACUAGGUGCAAUGUUGAAUAUUGUUCAAGACUCAGCACUGUUAGAAGCCAUUGGCUGCCAAAUGGAAACGAAUGGUGGUGAAAAUAACCUCUUCAAAAGCCACAGUCGUACUAACAGUGGCAUUAGUACUGCAAGUGGAGGCAGUACGGAGCCUACAACCCCAGAUAGUGAACGACCAGCACAAGCCCUUCUAAGGGAUUAUGCUCUUAAUACAGAUACGGCUGCAGGACUUCUGAUACGCAGCAUUCACCUGGUAACCCAAAGGCUCAACUCACAGUGGAGGCAGGACAUGAGCAUCUCACUGGCUGCGUUGGAACUUCUCUCUGGAUUGGCAAAGGUGAAAGUGCUUGUUGAUUCCUCUGAUCAAAAGAGAGCAAUUAGUUCUGUAUGCAGCUACAUAGUGUUCCAGUGCAGCCGGCCAGCCCCGCUCCACUCCCGUGACCUUCAUUCUGUGAUAGUUGCAGCUUUCCAGUGCCUCUGUGUCUGGCUCACCGAGCAUCCUGACAUGCUGGAUGAGAAGGAUUGUUUAAAAGAGGUACUGGAGAUUGUGGAGCUGGGUAUUUCAGGAAGUAAAUCCAAGAGCAGUGAACAAGAGGUGAAGUACAAAGGAGAUAAGGAGCCAAACCCUGCAUCCAUGAGAGUGAAGGAUGCUGCUGAAGCUACGUUAACAUGUAUUAUGCAGUUACUUGGAGCAUUCCCUUCUCCCAGUGGCCCUGCUUCCCCUUGCAGCUUAGUGAAUGAAACCACAUUAAUUAAAUAUUCUCGCCUACCCACCAUAAACAAGCAUAGUUUCCGUUACUUUGUUUUGGAUAACAGUGUCAUCCUGGCAAUGUUGGAGCAGCCUCUAGGGAACGAACAAAAUGACUCCUUCCCCUCUGUCACAGUUUUGAUCCGUGGGACAUCUGGAAGAUUUGCAUGGGCCCAGCAACUCUGUCUUUUACCAAGAGGAGCUAAAGCAAAUCAAAAGACUUUUGUACCAGAACCUCGACCAGCUCCUAAAAAUGAUGUUGGAUUGAAAUACAGUGUGAAGCACCGGCCUUUUCCUGAAGAAGUGGACAAGAUCCCAUUUGUGAAAGCAGACUUAAGCAUUCCUGAUUUACAUGAAAUUGUGAAUGAGGAGCUUGAAGAGCGACAUGAGAAGCUGAGAAAUGGUAUGGCCCAGCAGAUUGUUUUUGAGACUUCCAUAGAUCAGAAGAGUGAGGAGGAGUGGCGUAAGAAGAGCUUUCCUGAUCCAAUCACAGAGUGUAAGCCCCCACCACCGGCACAGGAGUUCCAGACUGCACGCCUGUUCCUCUCCCACUUCGGGUUUCUGUCGCUAGAGGCAUUGAAGGAGCCUGCUAACAGUCGUCUACCUCCUCACCUGAUUGCACUUGACUCUACUCUGCCUGGAUUUUUUGAUGACCUCGGGUACUUGGAUUUACUGCCUUGUCGUCCUUUUGAUACUGUUUUCAUUUUCUACAUGAAGGCGGGCCAGAAGACAAGCCAGGAGAUCCUAAAGAACAUGGAGUCUUCCAGAAUUGUUCAGCCACACUUCCUGGAGUUCUUGCUGUCUCUUGGCUGGUCUGUUGAUGUGGGGAAGCAUCCUGGGUGGACUGGGCACGUCUCCACGAGCUGGUCCAUCAACAGCUGCAGCGAUGAAGAGGGACCUGAACAAGAUGAUGUAAUAAUUUCAGAAGAUGUUGGAGCAAGUAUCUUCAAUGGGCAGAAGAAGGUGCUGUAUUACGCUGAUGCCCUGACAGAAAUAGCUUUUGUUGUCCCAUCACCCGUGGAGUCCCUAACUGAUUCAUUGGAAAGCAAUGUCUCUGAUCAAGAAAGUGACUCUAACAUGGACCUGCUGCCGGGAAUAUUGAAACAGCCAUCCUUGACACUUGAGCUCUUCCCCAAUCAUACAGACAAUCUUAAUCCCUCUCAGCGGCUCAGCCCCACUUCCAGAUCCAAGAGGGUGCCUCAGGGCCGGACCAUUCCACCGAUGGGACCUGAAACCAAAGUGUACGUGGUCUGGGUUGAACGUUACGAUGAUAUAGAAAACUUUCCCCUCCCUGAUCUGGUGUCUGAGACCAGCACUGGUGUAGAAACUGCGGCCAACAGCAGCGCUUCCCUAAGAUCUACCAUUCCUGAGAAAGAAGUUCCUGUGAUCUUCAUCCAUCCUUUAAACACCGGCUUAUUCAGGAUAAAACUGCAAGGAGCAACUGGGAAAUUCAACAUGGUUAUCCCGUUGGUGGACGGGAUGAUAGUCAGUCGGAGAGCUCUUGGUUUUUUAGUGAGGCAAACAGUAAUAAAUAUUUGUCGGAGAAAGAGGCUGGAAAGUGAUUCAUACAACCCCCCCCACGUCCGCCGAAAACAGAAAAUCGCAGACAUUGUCAAUAAGUACCGCAACAGGCAGCUGGAGCCCGAGUUUUAUACCUCGCUUUUCCAGGAGGUUGGGCUCAAGAACUGCAACCCGUAGGCCAUUACCCUCCCUGGACAAUUAGAUCAGAGCUUGGUGGCUACAGCAAUGAAAACAGUUAAAUAACAACAAAUUUCCUCAGCCCUCUGGAAUUCAGGAAACCGUAUUUCAGCACAAGUCAGCAGAUACCGUGUGGGAGGAAUGAGAAACGAAUCCCAAACAUUGCAGUUGGGAUCCUGACUCCAUUCACCUACCCUCAAAAGAUUACUUAAUUCCAGUCUUCCUGGAUGCUCGCAGCAUAAUCUCUUCACGCAGCCAUCUAUUCCAGGCUAAUUAAGAUCUGUGUCUCGUUCUGUGAGAAGAAAACAAUCAAAGCAAAACCAUCUCUGCGUUUAAGUAUGAGGAACACGAGGCAAAGCAGCCUGCCUUCAGACAGCUCGCUGUGCCCACGCGCUGGAGGAGAGGAGUGGGAUCUCUUCCUGAGGAGGGAAUCUCUUUCUGAGCACUCGCUGUCCCCACAAGAACUUCAGGAGAAGUUUCUGACCCCCUUCAGCGUUCUGAGGAGAUACUUCAGUGCUUGAAACUCAUCUGUACACCACAGGGAGGAAAGCUGCUCGGGAAUAUCAGGUCACCAAAUGCAUAACCAAGAUGCUGUGUGCUUUCCAGUACCCCCCUGCGGGUCUGUGCACAGCAUUUCUGUCAUCCUGGGAACAAACUCAGCACCCAGAGGGGCCUGAUUUCAGACACACCUUCUUACCAGAUAAGAGAUCUGGGUUCUACAGAAACAAGGUUAUGACUUUCAGGUUUGUUGCAAAAUGUCACAUUUAAUUUUAGUAGCUUGGUUUUAUUUUCUUUUUGCAGCUGAUUAUGUUGAAAUGUCUCUGUUGCUCAGUCGCCAUUUUCAUUAAAUGUGCAAACAUCUCUGGCUUUCCUUCUGCUGGGCUGAAAUCUGAGGUUCUGGGGCUGCCUCCUGCCUGACCUUUAUCCAAUACGCAGCUUUUGCAGCUUCUGCACUUUCCAGAAGCUCCUGUUACACAGGCUAUGAAACAACUGGCAGAAAAGUGAAGAACUCUUCUUUUGUCCAUUAACUUGCCAUUCCAUGGAAAGUCCAUUUGGAGUUGUAACUUAAAAUUGUUUUGAGGUUACCGUGCUUUCUCGGCAGCAGUGAUUCCCCUUCCCCUUGGCCAGAAGUUUCUCCCUGAGCUGCCGUGUCUCCCCUGGCCUGGCUCAGGCACAGGGCUGGGUCGCUGCCUCACCCCACAGGGAACAGAGCCGUGUGGAUUCGUUUCUCUGACCGCCGGCAGCUUCCGUUCAAGCGCUUUGCUUCCUCUGUGGCUGCACUCCGGAGCUCAGAGCCACCCCCAGGCUGUGCUGGGAAAAGAUGUUUACAACUGCACUUCAGUGCUGGGAAUAUGAAAGCUGCAGCAGGCACUGCCAUUCUUGGGAGUGCUUUCAGGCCCCCAGCGCAGUCCUGUCUCGUGUGGCAAUGAAUCACGGCUGAUGCUCCUGUGUAGGUGCAGCCUGCGAUGGCUGGCAGUGCACGUGUUCUUUUCCUUCCAGUAAGUAGGGAGUAGGGGAGCAUAAACGUAAGCAGGAAUUUGUGGAGCUCCUCAAGUUAUGACAAAGUGUUUCUUGGAAGCUUUUUAAUAUGCAUUGCAAUAAUGCCUGUGAGUCACUUAACUUUGAUAUUUCAGUUACUUUUUGCAACAGUUCUAACCUGAAACAGUCUUACUUGUUUCAUUACAGUUUCCUUGCCAGGGACCUGCCCUGAUCCCAGCUGCGUGUGGUCUUUCAGAGGGUUCACAUACACCUCAAAAGGUGUGCAGGGACGUGCAGGUCUCGGCUGAGGGAAGCUGGGGGACAGGAGCGUGUGCUGCAGGGCGGGCACAGGGACCUCUCAGGGGGUUUUGACCCAGAUGAAUCACAAAUGGAAAAACAAAACCAUGUUGUGAAAUCAGCGUAGCAGUGAGCAGAGCUGCCGUGCUUCUGCACUGCCCUGGGUGUGAGGGGCAGCGCUGGGUCUGCUGGCAAAGCUGAGGUGGAGCGAGGCCUCAUCUCUGCUCAGCUCUUGCCAGUAUGCAUUUAAUGCACAGACACUGAAUUUACCCACGUUGUGUAUGUACCUAUUGGAUCUACAUAAUGGCCAAACACACUUUAGUCCACUGACUUAAAAGGCAUGACCAAUGCAUGUGUAACAAAAAGAAACAUACGGAGCGAUCAAACGUUUGCACAUCUUCAGCAGCUUAAAACCCACAUCCCAUAGCUGUGAGUGUUACAUGCAAAACCAUUGGUUUGUAGCCCAGAGAGCUGCAGAAACUGCUGCUUUCAGGUGCACGGUGCAGUCAGGAGCAGAGCUGUGGCUGGGAGGAGCGCUGGGUGUCUCCUUCUGAGUCAGAGAGCCAAAGGAACUGCCUGAAAUAUUGUGUUUUAAUGCUUGGCUGAGGAGUAGCACUUAGGUCUGUUCCUUGUUCCAUCCAAAGCAUGAGUGUGGCACCCACCUGAGCAGUGCUCACAGGGAGAGCAGGGCGAUGUGUCAAAAAUCUUGAAUGAAGAAAAGCUUUAUGUGUGCAGCUGGGGUGAGCAGCGUUUCUAACUCCAUCUGAUCUGUAAGGUCACACUGAUGACAUCACACACAGUGUGACCGUAAGUUUGGGGUUUUGCAAUCUGCAGAGGUGAACCUUGAAGAAAGUCUGAGUGCAACGCAGCAGUGCGGCGGCUCCAGAAGUGUGCUGUGCUGCCAGCCCUUGGUUUGGGCGCAGGCUGCAGCGCCCAUGGCAGAGCUGUGCCCAUGCACAGAGUGUGGUGUGGGUGUGGGUGAUGUGAGAAGCAGCACGGGAGCGAAGCCAGGCAGCAGAGCUGGCGGCUGCAGGUGGCCCAGGGUGGCUUCAGCUCUCCUCUCCCAUGGGCUGAGAGCAAAGCUGAGAUUUAUGUCAUCAUGACGCUUCUGUUGAGCCCCUGAGCUUCUGGGGCUCUGCACCACAAACUGCCCUAUCGAGUUGGCAGCUUCACAACUUGCAUGGCUGUUUUUUGCAUCCAUACCCAUCGGAGAGCAGAUGCCCACCAAAGGGGCAGCGCAUCGCACCGAGCUGCGGCUCAAUCACAGAUGUGACACAACCAAACAGACUUCCUCUAUUCACACAGUAACACCUUUCAGUUUGGAUUCGUAAUUCUGCUCUAAAUGAUGGCAUCCUCUUAAUGGUGCAGAAGGGGGGGUGGGGGGUGGCUGCCACCUUGUUAAAUGCGGUGCUGAAAUUGCAGAAAUGUUGGUACCUUAAUAAAGACUCAUUUAAAGAAACCAUCCUUUCUUAAAGGUCCCUGGCAGAUGCAUGACACACAUGCAGCAAGUAGCUGGGGGGGGGGAUGGUGUUGGGGGUCUGCGUGCCCACAUCGGAGCAGCUCCACUGCAACAGAGCACAGCUGUGAGCAGUGACUGCGUGGCUGAGCGAUGCCUUUGAAGGAAGGCAGACAUCUUCCACGUGGAUGUUAGCAGGAGCAGUUUGAGGUGAGAAUGCCAGGUAUCAUGUGCUUCGAGUCAUACACACUCUGUAUGGAUCCCUGUAUGUUGCCAAGACAUGAUCUUUUUGUUCCUACUGUAUUUUUCUGUAAAUACCCCCGGCGCUAAGUUGUAAAGUAAAGGCAAAAUGUAAAUAUGAAGAUGUGAACUACGUUCCCUCGUCUCUCUUGUCCUUUAUCUCCUAUUUGUUUAGGGAAGGCACACAAAGGCUUGUUUGUAUUUAUGCCAAUUCUUUGUCCAGGAAAAACACAUCAAAUAUUGAAUGUAACACAAUUAGUCCAAUAAAUUUUAAAGAUUCUUAUCUAA